AUGACUGCGGAUGAGAAGAGAGGUCCAUUCAUGAAGUAUACUCAGCAAGAUCUCGAGGGUCUUCGUAAGUCUGUGCAAACGCACCAGACAUCCCAACUCCAGGAGGGAAAACGACCUCUCCUUGAUGCAUGGUCCAACUUCCACAAAGAAGUUGAGCCAGAAGAAGGGGAGUUCCAUGAUGAACCUGAGUUGAUGAAUGGACAAAGUCAUCGUGCUCAUUUGCACUUUGAAAUGCGUAGUAAAGAGGGACCCCUCUUUGCACGAAAUGUCCCUAAUCGUCCAACUCCUACCGAAUCCAGGAAACAUAUGGAUCCUGCCCUCGAUACUUCGGGCUCUUUUAAUCAGCCAGUGCCAACCGGCCCGAGGAAACAUUUGGAUCCGGCGCUCAGCCACGCGAAGUUCUCAGUUGCAAAGCCGAAGCACCUGGAUCCAGCACUUGGUCCGCCUCGGCCUGCGAAGCUUAACACUGGAAUUAAACACUUGAAGCUAAAGCGGCGACCUAUUCUUAGUUCCAGAAGUCCCGCGAGAGACACUGCCUCUUAUGAAGGCAAGCUGACUGAUCCGGGCUCAUGGCUGGACUCUGUGAGGAACAAGGCGACUCAGCCUGAUACGUCGCCUCAACCUCACACAACCCCUGAGGUUGGUACAGAUUCUGAUGUCAAAUUAGCUAAAGAGAAUCCAUCAAUCCCUACUGUCAAGACUGCUACAACCAACCUGCUUGCAACCACUACAGCUGCAGCUACGAAGUCAAUGGAAACCCUGCACCCAGUUGCAACCGUCAAGCCUGCUGCAACCACCACCACGGUUGCAGCUACCAAGUCAGCGGAACCAACACAGCCAAUUGCAACCACAAAACCAGUUGCAGGAAUCCAGUUAGCAGUGGCGCCACAGCAGGGUGUGAGCACUAAUUCAGCUGCAAUCAUACAGCCGGCCAUAACCGCAAAGCCAGUUGCAGAUGCCCAUGUGGCUGCAAUGAAGCAGCCCGUUGUCAGUACUCCACCGGCGGAGAAAAAGAAGCCAGUCGCAAUUGGGGAUAACCCGUUUUUGGCUUCAAACCUCCCCCGGCCGCCAGUCUGCAGUCGUGACUUCCGAAACCAGCCACAGCUGUCCAAAGGCGAGGGUUUCCUUCUCGACCUCGAUAGCCCUCCGAAAAAAGUAGAACAAGAACAACCAAAGGCGGUUACAGGACCAGAUGUCAUGGAUCUUGACACUGACGGCGAUGAAGAUGAUGCCGAUAUAGCUGAGUCGAUAUUCCAAGACAACACGCUCAACUGGAUCGAAGAACUGGGAAUUAUUAACGAUAAGCUCGCAGAACUCGAUUUGGCCAAAGCCCAAAUAAUAAAGUUGGAGGAUCGGCGAAGGAAGUUGCAAGGCCUGAUCCAUGCGGCUUCGGCCAAAAAAUCUGGCAGGUCACGCCAAUCUCCGAAGCGCCAUGAAAGACUAAUUUCGCUGUCACCUUCUCCUCUGGAGAAACCUGUUCGUUCUCAGCUGUUUGUACCAAUACCGCAACCUUUAUUUUCCAAACCUGCCGUUCCAUUGACAGGCGGCUUGGAAUCGUCGAGGUGGGCAACUGCCAACAAUGAGACGCCUAUUGCGAGCAAGGUUCAACCUAGCAAGCCUACCAACGACUCCAACGACGAGUCCGUUGACUAUUGGCAGAAGGCGUUGCCUAAGAUACGUCCACUUGCUGCAGAGCACAAGACAAAGAGCGACUCUGCUCCACAGACUCCUAAAAAGGGCACAAUGCCUAUGUUCGAGUCUCGCUACGCAUGUUGAGAUGAGCCCCUACC